GGUGUUUACUUCAAUGUGACACAUCAUGCAUUCUUCAUCACAGUCUCUCACCGCCCUCUUUCCCGCGCGGCAGCCAUGGUAACGAGAGCGAAGGGCGCUUAGCAACACGAGAGGAGGAGACACGGCAUUAUCUGAGAGCGGAGAAAAAUACCCACAGCUGCCGACCUUCAUUUCGUCAAGAGCUGCUUGUGAUGUCGACUUGAAAUGGUGAAAAUGGAAUGUUAGAUCGUAUAAACACUUCUUGAUAAAUUCGUCAAAUAAGUGCGAUGAAGUUUGUCGUGGUUUUAGUCGCCUCUGGCCUUUUGGCUUUUCUUGGCGCGGUCAUCUGCAUCAUCGCCAGCGUUUAUUCACGUUCAUCGGCCGCCGCGCCGCAGGCGUUAUCAGACAACCGCUCGCUCUCGCUCCUGGAGCCGCUCCCUGGAUCCGUGGCGCACGCCGGCCCGCUAGGAGCUCUCCAUGGUGCUGAAUCCUACGGAAGGGGCGGUUUGGACAUCGACUUGGAGAUACCGUCGCUCAACGAGCUCAGUACCGGGGCUGUAACAGGCCCCAGCCCGAAACAGUUCACCCUCAACCGACUCAUUUGCACCCCAGUUCCCAUUGGGGAUUGCAGAUCGAGGGGUCUGAGACAAGCCGAUGACCCGUUCGCUGACGAGGAGGACUGGAACCUCCGCACGACCGCUGAGGAGCUCCGACAGAUCGUCAUGCAGCAGAACGAUCAGAUCCUCAUGGACCACAGGACCAUCACGGAGCUCACCGGGAAGCUCUCAGAGUGUGAGAACGGACUGGAGGAGAGGGCUCUCAGUGAGCGGAGUAUGGGGGUCUGGGCGGCCAACCGACGCCACAUGGCCGGGGAUGAUGUGAGCAGCUCGGUUUCAGUGCAAUUACAGACAGAAGAACUGGAGAGAGCCAUUCUUCAACUGAAAGACCGCAUAGAUAAGCUGGAGAUGGAGAUAGGUCCUGCUGCGAUGAACCACACUGGGCAUGCUUUGAGCACGUUGGGGAGCGUAAUGGUUGGCGAACCCGGCAGGCCUGUGGAGGAUCUGGAGGGAGAGCUUGAAAAGAAGAUUAGGCUGCUGGAGAAAGAGAGAAAGAACCUUCGUAAAGAGGCCCAGAAUCGCCAUCAGCACAUCGACCAGGGAAUCAACACUCUGCAAGAGCGAAUUACAGAGCUCGAACAGAGUCUUACAGAUUACAGUUACCCACAAGGGUAUAAACUUUCCUUUCCUGUGCGAACUAACUACAUGUAUGGCCUAGUCCGGCGGAAUAUUCCAGAGAUAUACGCCUUCACGGCAUGUUUGUGGCUCAAGCCAACCGAGAAUGGGAUUGGAACACCAUUUUCCUAUGCGGUGCCAGAACAACCAAAUGAACUUGUCCUGCUUCAGGGUAUUCAUAACCCUGCAGAACUACUCAUCAAUGAUAAGGUGGCACAGUUGCCCCUAUCUUUGCCCCAGGGCAUCUGGCAGCACGUAUGUGUGAGCUGGACCCUACGGGACGGGGUUUGGAAAGCAUAUCAGGGUGGCAAGUUGAGAGGACGGGGCGAAGGGCUGUCAGCUUGGCACCCAAUCAAAUCCGGAGGCGUGCUGGUGCUGGGCCAGGAACAGGACACCCUUGGUGGGCGGUUUGACGCAUCUCAGGCUCUUGUUGGAGAGCUGUCAUUAUUUAACCUGUGGGAUCGUGUUCUGUCACCAACAGAGGUGGCCGCUCUUGCAACUUGUGCAGAAUCUUCAAAACUGGGAAACGUGGUGCCUUGGACAGACCAAGAUGUGGACGUUUUUGGUGGGGCUGUCAAAGACCCCAUGGACCCCAUGGACCCCUGCGUUCACAGCUCCUAUCCCAGGCAGUGAGCGGGGUCAUGGGUCGAUACCAUUCUUUUUUGGGGUGGGGUAUAAAAUGAGACAAAAAACGGCUUGAAAGAUGGAGACAAAGAGAUAACAAAUAUAUCAUGGUUCUAGUGUUUGUAUAGAAUGUAUUUACCAUUGAACUGUUAUACAGGAUUCUAUAGAGCUGCUGCUGAAAGCUUUAUGGGCUGUUUUUGUCUUGUGUUGCUUGUGUUCUUUCACGCCCCUCUUCCCAACACAUUAUUGCACUGUGAUCCCUUCAGAUAUAGAGAAUGUUGUUUAAUAAGAUGGAUGUGGUUUAUUGUCACAGCAAUCAUCUAUGCGCUUUAUUCGUGUAAAUGGAGAUUUUGUUUCUUUCCCAGAACAGUCUUUUCUUUUCUUUUUUGCAUUAACUGUCCCUUGAAUCAUCUCUACAGUAAAUCACUGUUACGAAGUCCAACAGCACCUUACCAGUGUUGGGUGUAAUCUGAUUACAAAGUAAUUAUUUACUGUAAUUGAAUAACUUUUUAAGUAAAACAAAAAUGGUGUAAUUCAUUACAUUUCCAAUUCUAGUAACCAGAUUACAGUUACUGACUUUCAAUUAAGGGAAUUACUUUUCAGUACAUUACUCAGGUUACACAUAUUUCGAAAAUAAUAUUAUUUAUGUACAGUAUAAUAAGAUGUUUGAAAAUGAACAAGGAGGCAAUAUAGACCUUAUUUUGAAUUCAUUGAGUGGAAAAAAUAAAAGUUCCUGUUAAAAGUGUUAAAAGUAACUUAAAAAGUAAAGUAAUUAGUAAUGUGAUUACUUUUUCGAUUAAGUAAUAAAAUAUUCUGCCAUUUGUAAAUGGAUUGCUUUUUUAAGGUAACUUACCCUGUACUGGUCUUUACACAGUGUAUCAUCACUGACUUUAUUUUAAAAGACAAAUUCCGACAGAAUCCAACGUUUUUAAAUAAUAAACUUUUUUUAAUGUAGGCGUUAACACUGAGUAUCUUAAACUAACCUACACAAAAUUUUAAGAUGAUCACCAUCAUCAAAUAAAUACGCCGUGCUGCCUGCACACUUUGAAAAUAUGAAUGCAAAACAGUGUUUAAAUACAGAAUCUUUCAGCAUCUUGUCACGUUACCAUUGUAUUGCACCAAGUACUCAUUCUGCGUGCCCGUCAGAGAAAGCUUAGGGAAGUGCCUGUCUAUUUAUUUGACUCUUGCUAUUGGUUGAUGAUCAGCUGUGAUGUCAGUGUAGUGCUUCUUUAUAUUUGCACCACCAAGGAUGUACAAUAAUAUUCUGAUAAUGUGGAUGAAACUAUUAAAACAGUGA